AUGGAAAAGGCCCAGGCCAAGAGCUCCUCAGGCCCGGUGACGUGGAUGUCCCUCCCGCGCAAAGACCAGCUGCUCAUCCUGUUUCUCUCGCGCUUCGUCGACUUCCUGCAGGUCGCCUCCCUGCAAGCCUACGUCUUCUACCAGCUCAAGACAUUCGACGACUCUCUGACAGACGCCCAUAUCUCGCAGCAGGCGGGGAUACUGCAGGGAUGUUUUACCGGCGCGCAGGUGAUGACGGCCAUUUUAUGGGGUAAAGCUGCCGAUGCGACUUGGUGUGGCCGCAAAUGGGUGUUGGUGAUUGGCCUUGCUGGCACGGCUAUAUCGUGCCUGGGCUACGGCUUUGCAACGACUUUUGCCUGGGCUGCCUUCUGGAGGGUCUUUGGUGGUGCGAUUAACGGGACUGUGGGCAUUAUCCGCACCAUGAUUGCCGAAAUCACCAAGGAGAAGAAGUAUCAAUCGCGAGCAUUUUUGAUUCUGCCCAUGAGCUUCAACGUUGCGGGGAUUCUGGGCCCAAUCAUGGGAGGCAUGCUGGCCGAUUCAAACAAGACUCUUCCCGGGCUUUUUGGAGAAAAUGCAGUCUUUGGGUUCCAAUGGAUUCGAGACUACCCAUAUGCCUUGCCGAGUCUUGUCAACGCCGUCAGCUUAUCCAUUGUAACCGUGAUAGUGUUUCUCUUUCUGGAGGAAACAUCCAGAGUACGGCAGAACAAGUUCGACGCCGGUCUCCAUCUCGGAAAUAGAAUCAAGGCCGCCCUAUUGGGUGAAAAGCAAUCUGACGACUAUGCUCGUGUUCCGGCCUGGGAAGAUCACACCAUGGAGAGUUUCGAAGACAAGAAUAUACCGGUGCCGAAGCCCGCGCCCUCGCUGAAGCAACUGCCCUUUCGCCUGCUCUGGACGCGCAACGUCUUGUUCACGCUGCUUACUGGCGCCUUUUACGACUUCCAUCUCGGCGCCUUUGGCAACAUGUGGGCGCUAUUCCUGUCAACGCCUCGCUAUCUCACUCCGGCCGCAAGGGGCCCAGAAAUAGACACCCCCACGGCCAAGCCCAUGCGUCGAGAUCUGCCUCUCCUGUUCACGGGAGGGCUGGGAAUGCCGGCGUCGACGGUUGGAGUUGCGACGUCCUUUCUCGGCAUAAUAGGCAUGCUGCUGCAGGUGACCUUGUAUCCGCCCAUCCAGGCCCGUCUCGGCACAAUGAGAUCCUUCCAGUGGUUUCUGUUUCUCUUCCCGCUCGCAUAUUUCGUCGCCCCGUAUCUCUCGAUCCUGCCCUCGUGGUCGCCGGCACCCGAGCCCGCGUCGGGGGGCUUCAUCUGGCUGGGCAUCGUUGGCAUCUUGUUCCUCCAGGUCAUGGCCCGGACGUUUACGCUGCCGGCGAGCAUCAUCCUGCUCAACAACUGCAGCCCGCAUCCCAGCGUCCUGGGCACGAUCCACGGCCUGGGCCAGAGCGUCUCUGCGCUCUUCCGCACCGUCGGCCCGGUGGUGGGCGGCUGGUGGUACGGCUAUGGGCUUGAUAUCGGCAUGGUGGCCUGGGGCUGGUGGGGAGUUGCGGCAAUGUCAGCGUUGGCGUGUGGGACAGCAUUGGGCAUGCAUGAUGGCAGCGGGCAUGAGAUAGUUCUCGAGGGCGAGGAGGAGAUGGAGUAG